UCAGUGGAAUUGUUUUGUUUUUAGAGCAACUUCACCCCUAUUGCUAUUUGAAUAAGUAAACAAAAACAUGCUGUUCCUAUGUCCUAAGCAUGCUGUUACCCAGCUAGCUUUCAGCAUAUUGCACUUGGCUACAAAAUGCUACACACAAAAAAAUCCAGAAAUAUUUGCAAGAUAAGCCAAAAACACUCCCAGAAUUUCCCAGUGUUUGUCACAGUGUUUUAGCUUAAAAAGUAAGUUAUCUGUUCUCUUCAGAUGUAUGAGGUUUGAAGACUUCUCUCCAGCAGAUUUGCCUGUGCAGCAUGGCAGCUCCCUUUGCAUCAGUAGCUUGCCUCUUGGAAGGGGGAAGAGCAGUGCAAGGGAAACUAAAGCUGCUUUCUGCUGAUGGCUGCUGGUUGACCCAUAACCCACUUCACACUACAUUUGCUCUUUUACAGGUAGGGCAGAAAACAUUCAGGAACUGAACUUCACUCCUUGCUCUCAUCACAUGAGAAAUUGCAUCCAGAAAAAAAAUUAGGCAGAAGAGGCACCAACUCCUGCAAAUUAAUUCACUUUUUAUUCAUGGGAAGAAUCAUCAAGAUUUUGAACUUAUGCUGAAGACAAGCAUAACACACGCCUCCCUGUCACUCUCCAAGUGCUCUGCUUGCACACUCCUGGGAGCUUUGCACUUGCUCUUUAUAAGCAGCACUGAAAGUCAGCAAAGUCCUGGGGGAACAACAAGAACCGAGCAGCUCUUGUCGGCAACAGUGUUUGGGAAGGGUACCACGAAGGAGCGACUCCGAUGGCACCUUGACGGACCGGGCGAGGGGAAGCGCCCGGCAGAGCCCACCGGGGAGGGGACCCGGUCGGUCAGGAUAAGUGUACCUGUUCAGAGGCGGGUGCGAGAGGCUGUGCUUUUCCUCAUCGCCAUCCCCGUGCGUGCGGACUCGCGGCUGUCAGCGGGAUCCCCACGGCUGUGUGUGUGUGUGCGAGAGGUUCCCAGAAGAGCUCCAAAAACCCAGGCUCAGACUGCUCAGUGACAGGCUAGAGAGCUGGCUUGUGGCCUUCCCCAGGAAUAGUCAGCUGCGGAAGUAGAUGACCAGUGACCCAUGUGCCGAGCAGCCCCGGUCCAUGCCUGGCAUGCUGGCUGGAGUCAACCCUUGCCACUGAGGCCAGGAGGAGGGAGGAAUCACCAUGGCCUCAUCCCAGCGGGCCCGGCACAUUGGCCCUCCUGAUGGAGGCUGGGGAUGGAUGAUUGUUGCUGGCUGCUUCCUUGUCACUAUCUGCACCAGGGCCGUGACAAGGUGCAUCUCCAUAUUUUUUGUGGAGUUCCAGGCAUACUUUGGGCAGGAUUAUGCCAGAACUGCUUGGAUCCACUCCAUUGUCGACUGUGCUACAAUGCUCUGUGCCCCACUUGGGAGUUUAAUCAGUAAUCAUGUCUCCUGCCAAGUUGGUAUCAUGCUAGGAGGGCUGCUUGCAUCUUCUGGACUAAUUCUGAGUUCAUUCGCCACCAGUCUGGAACAUCUCUACUUAUCAUUAGGAGUCCUUACAGGACUUGGGUUUGCACUUUGUUAUUCUCCAGCCAUUGCGAUGGUGGGCAAAUACUUCAACAAAAGAAAAGCACUGGCGUAUGGAAUAGCCAUGUCAGGAAGUGGAAUUGGUACCUUCAUCCUGGCCCCUGUAGUCCAGCUCUUAAUUGAGCAGUUUUCCUGGCGAGGAGCUUUACUCAUCCUGGGAGGGUUUGUUUUAAACCUCUGUGUCUGUGGUGCCUUGAUGCGGCCCAUUUCUCUUAAGGAGGACCGUAAAACUGUUCCUGAGUUUCUUGAACAGGAUCACGUCUCUGAAACAGAGAAACAAGACUUAAAGCAAAUGCCCGUCUAUUCACCUUUAAUCAAAGUGUGGUCUCGUGAAUGUUUAUGCUACUGUUCAUGGAAGGAAUAUGACUUUUUACUGAUGCCAGGCUUCAUGGUGCUGGCAGUGUCAGUUUUAUUUAUGGCAUAUGGCUGUAGCCCCCUUUUUGUCUACCUAGUGCCUUACGCUUUGAGUGUUGGAGUGAGUCAUCACCAGGCUGCCUUCCUCAUGUCCAUACUUGGUGUCGUAGACAUCAUUGGUAAUGUCACCUUUGGAUGGCUAACAGACAGAAGGUGUCUGAAGAAGCAUCGGUACUUUUGCUACCUCUUUGCUGUGGGAAUGGAUGGCCUUUGUUGUCUUUUCCUGCCAGUUCUCCAAAACUUCCCCUUGCUUGUGCCUUUCUCAUUUACCUUUGGCUACUUUGAUGGAGCCUAUGUAACGCUGAUCCCUGUCGUGACGGCAGAUGUAGUGGGAACUUCCUCGUUAUCAUCAGCAUUGGGCGUUGUGUAUUUCCUGCAUGCCAUACCGUAUCUAGUGAGCCCGCCUGUGGCAGGUUGGCUGGUGGACACAACUGGCAGCUAUACUGCAUCAUUCCUCCUGUGUGGAUUUUCUAUGAUAUUUAGUUCAACACUAUUGUGCUUUGCAAGACUGGCAAAGAAAAUCAAAAGAACACGUUUGCGGUCGCUCACUAGUGACACAGGCAUGAAACAGCACAUGUGGACAAAUGGAGCAAUAGCUUAUUCUGUCACAGCAGAAUUAGACCAAAAGGAUGUUGAAUUUUUGGCUGCAGACACAAACAGAUGCAGCAACAGGUGACAAGUGCCACUAAGAUUCAGUACGACACAGCCGAGACUGAGACAGAGGUGGCUCCGUAGUGUUAACGCUGCUGAAGAUACUAGUCCUGUGAAACAAGGCAUCUUUCAAUUAGAUUUUUCUGUCAUACUUUAGUUGACUAAAAUCUACAUCCAGCAACAGUCAUACCAAGUUAAUGCAGUAAUAGAAGAAAGCUAGAAUGAAAAUAGUCUGUAGAUACAAAUGUUCACAGAUUUAUUUGAAAUGCAGUGUCCACUCCACAGGUGAUCAAUAAUUGGCUGUACUCAACAGAAAACUAUAAAGUAAUCAGUCACCAAAACUGAACAAUAACAUUUACAUUAUUUAAAAAAUAUUAUAAUGACUUUUUGAUUUGUCAAGCUUUUUGAUGCUGUGGUUUAGUAUGUUUCAAUGGAUUAAUCACACACAACACCAAAACCUCCACACUUAUCAGUCUGCAUUAAACUCUUUGCAAAUAACUGUUUUGAAUGCCAAAGCCUUUUUUUUUUUUUUUUAAUUUGGCAGAAAACUGUGAUUUAUGCUGAAAGUAUCUCUGGAGCAGCUUUAAUUUUUACAAUGUGCCUGAACUUUGUACAUACAUUGCAAUUUAAUUUAAUUUCAAAUAUGGUUUUAGACCUACUUUCCCAAGCCAUCUACAGAAAAAAAAUUUUUUUCCUCCUGGAUAUCUUUAAAGCUUGAAUUUCUAAACAUUGACAUCUCAAAUAUGGGUUUCUAUCUUGGAGGGUAGAAGAGGUACUGUGGCAGCUCUGCCAUCUGAAGAGGAGUAAAUUUGUGCCAGGGGACUAGGCAUGCUGAUAGACAAACCUGCUUUAGCUGCAUUAAAGGCAGCCCAGGAGACCAGAGGAGAGGCUCGUGUGUUUUCGGAGUCCAUUCCUCUUGUAAAAUCAGCAGCUGUUGGAGAACUUUAGUGUCCAUGCAACCAGACGACUGAGAGAAUGCUCCUUCUCUAGGCUAUGAGUAAAGAGGAUUGUGCUGUGUAUUGCAGUGGCAAGUGUGUCCCCUUUCAGCCCCAGGAGCUGUAUCUUCAGGUGCUGCAAUUUAGUGGUUUGUGCCAUCUGAAGAGGUGUUAGGUCACUUGUCUUUGAUGGCCAGAACACAACAGCUGGAACUUGGUGCUGGUUUCCUGCUGCUUGUGUGAGGAAUUUACUAAAGCUGGCUGCUUCACAGGAGCUAGGGACUGAAUGUAGAUCAUGGGUUAAAUUACUGAUCUGAUGAUCUAAUAAAUAAUGGUUUGUUUCUACAUUUCCAGACUGAAAAUGUUUUCAGCAAUGGAGGAACCUCACAUUCCACUAUACAAAUAAUUUCAGUGUUUUGAUGCUGUAUAAAGCUGUGUUCUGUUCAUUAACAAAUUGAUCAGAGUCCAAAUAAUUUUCAUUAACACUGACCUAGUAGAUUUGUUAAUCAUCUGCAGUGUAUUUUCAGUGGCUGUUCAUGGUGUCCUUUUCCACCCUGUGCCUCGGAAGGGAAGGCAACAUAGAUUGAUGUUCACCGAGUUGAUUUAGAUCAAGAGUACAGCCAUAGGGGUGUAAUGUCUUUUUUAACAUAUAUAUAUAUGAAUAGCAUGUAGUUUUAUUAUUCAAGCAUAUUUCAAAUAUAAAAUAUUAAAAUUGUUUGACUUCAA